GAGUAAAAUUACAGUAAAUGACUCAGCCUGAUCACGUUUCCAUCUGUGUGUAGAGUAGUGGGGAUGGAGGCUCGGUCCGUGCCCCGUGGCCCGUCUGCAGUGCUGCCCGUCCGCAGUCCGCUCCGCUUCGCGUGAGAUGUGUCUCUGCUCGUCCUUCCCGCCUCACCUCCUCACAGCGGUGGAGAAAGUUUUUAAAUCUCUCAGCAACUCAUCACUCAGGACUCACGAUCCCGCUCAGCACGAUGAGAUUUCUGCCCAAAGUGAGGUGCCUCUUUCCAUAUGUCCUGUUCAUCCCAGCGGUGAUUUUUCUUACCUACACUGGUCCUGUAACAGUCAGGUAUUUAGAGGGAUUAAUUCCCAUGGAUAAAUGCCCUCUACUUCCAGGACAGACACUGCAGAAGGGGGAUCCUAUCGAUGCUUCUCUGGACCUCUGGUCCAGAAGGGAUGUUCAGACCUGCACUUACUGGGGUGCCCCCGUGAUGUGGGAGGGAAUGUUCGAUCCCGAAGCGUAUGACCUGGAGCACAGAAAAAGGGGCUCGUCUGUGGCGCUGACCGUGUUCGCUGUUGGAAGGUACCUGGACGCCUACCUGACGGAGUUCCUGCGCUCGGCGGAGCAGCACUUCAUGCCGGGUUUACCCGUGACCUACUACGUGUUCACAGACGCGCCGGAGCGGGUGGCGGAGGUGCGGCUGGGUGCGGGCCGCGUCCUGGAGGUGGUGCAGGUGCAGCGGCAGCAGCGCUGGCAGGACGUGUCGAUGAUGCGCAUGCGGGCCAUCGCCGAUGCCAUCGACUCCCGCAUCCGCCACCGUCACCCCUAUGUCUUCUGCCUGGACGUGGACCAGGUGUUUGCGGGCCGCUUCGGCUCCGAGGCGCUGGGGGAAUCCGUCGCCCUGCUGCACGCAUUCUACUACCACCGGCCCAGGGCCUUCUACACCUACGACCGCAACCCAGCCUCGGCGGCCCGCAUGGAGGGGCCGGGCGACUUCUACUACCAUGCGGCCGUGUUCGGGGGGUCCUGGCAGAGCGUGAGGAACCUGACGGAAGCCUGCUACAGGGGCGUAGUGGAUGACAAGCGCAAGGGGGUGGAGGCCCUGUGGCAGGAUGAGAGCCACCUCAACAAGUACUUCUGGCUCCACAAGCCCAGCAAAGUGCUGUCCCCGGAGUACUGCUGGGCACGGCACGUGGGUUACCGCGGCGACAUCCACGUCACCCGCCUGCUCUGGGCUGAGAAGCACUAUGACACGCUGAGGUACCCUGCAGGACAGUGAACCCCCAAACCCCCAAAACGAAACCUCCAAAAGCUUUCGUACCUCGCCAAUAUACACACCUCAAUAAUAAUAAUAAUAAUAAUAAUAAUAAUAAUAAUAAUAGUAAAGGAAUAGUACCUUCAUAAAUAACAUUGUUAUUAUUAUUUAAAUUAUUUUUUAUUAUGAUUAUCCGACAACAGAGGGGAGUGGCUGAGGUCUAAGCUGUGUUAUUCAGGCUCUGCAACUGCAAGAUAGAGUGCAAAAGUAAAAUCAGUUUUUUUAAAAUGAUUGUAAUUUGCACAGGACUUUUGUACUCAGAAAAAAGGUCACUCCACUUUGUGCUCUGUAGUGAGGAGCUCCUUUGUGCCUUGAGCUGGAGAUCUUGCUUGUUCUUGAUUGCACUUUGUGGCCUGCAGGUGUCCACUCCGCAGGUGCCUUUUACCUGGUCUGACCUGGAGCACCGCCUGGUCUUGCUUUUAUAACCAUGUAAAUGCAUCAUGGCCAUAUUUUGUGCUGCGAGAGGAAUUUAUCCUGUGAGUGCUUUGUUAUUCAAACACCAUGUUUUUUGUAAAAGGUGUGUGCUGUUCUGGGGUCAGCCCUUUGUACACAUUUGAGUGUUCCGCUGUUCCCACCUGUCCUGAGAGAUAUGUGUGUCUGUGUGGGAAGUGGCAGAAGCCAUUAAAAUUAAUAAUAAAACUGAGACACUGUAAUAAUGUGUAGUAUAUAAGGGGGGCAAGCACCACAGGUGUAUACAAUGUGUUGUAUUAUUGUUGUUCAGACUCCUAUAUUUCUUCUAAAAUCAUGAAGCAUAGCUCAGAUUGAUGAGAAAUUUGAUACAUAGGACUUUUGGCAUAUACUCUACAUUGCAAAGGAAGAGUUGGAUGGGCCAAUGAAAUUUCAACUGUCAUUUUAUUGGUGGAUUAUGGGUAAACCAUGCAGGUCUAUGGGAUAUAUCACCAUACCAAAUUUUGUGGUGAUUGGCUAUAUGGGAUCAAUACAAUAAUACAUUUUCCAUUGAAUUUUAACUGCCAUUGCUGGACCAGAAUAUUUAAAGAUUUUUAAAAAUUUAAAGAUUAUGUUGUGGGGGCCUCGAGUAGCUUAGCGGCUGAGGCUCUUGCUUUGAGUGCAAGUGAUGCUUGCAAGUUGAUUGGAUGAUGUCAGUCAAACUGCAUCCAUCCUCCAAUCGGAAUUUAGCUCACUGUAGCGCAGUGGGUGACCUACAGUGUGAAAAAUGGCCUCGUUUGUUUGUGAGUGUAGGAGAGACCUGCAUUCAGCGGGCCCCGAGCUCCUGCGUGGCUCCAGCAGACGUUGCAGUGAGAGACGGGGAUCUCCAAUUGGCGAUUCCAAAAAGAGGAGUGCACCAAGGUGAAAAAGAUUACAUUUUAAAGAUUUCGAAAACUACCGUCAACGCCCAGUUAUCUGGCUGCAAGUCGGUGCAUCUAACGAUCACCAGAUGUUCAAAAAGAAACACAAUCGGAGAGGGAGGUAGCAAUUUACACUGCCUUUACAGUGGUAGGCUACAAUACAACAAAAUAUAAAAUACAAAGACGUAUAACUGAGUAUACAUGGGCAUAUCCAUUUGCUGCUGUGGAUUGUUCAUGUGUUUAAUAAUGAGUGUCACAGCUCUUCCAUAAGCCUAAUCAGUUGAUUCAUGUAUUGCCAAAGCGAGGCUUCUAGCCUCUCUGGGCUCUGGCAGACACCUAUAAGCAUUAUACUUAUUUGUGUUUAUUAUUUAAUUAUUGUUAAUCCUUAUUAUAUGCAUCAUAAGCAUGUAAUCAGUUCUAAUCCUGCCAAGGAGUAGAAUUCAGUUAUUUUUAAAUAUGGUAUGGAGCCAUUAAUAUAUUGUAUAGUGUUGUAUACUGCACUCAGAUUAAGUCUGUAGUGUUUGUGUAGAAACUAAUUUUCUGCUUAUUUGGGCCUUUGUUUUUGCUUGACUCUGGUUAUUGCUGCUUGCAAUCAUAUUUUAUUUUGGAGUAUUUAUUUCAUUUUGGAUUAUUUGUUUAAUUUUGGAGUAACAGGCUGCAUUCUGCUACCUUUAUUUCAAUUCUGAAACGUAUAGACAAGUGAGCUUGUCCUUUCACUGCCACUGUCAGUUGGCUCAUAGUCAGGCUCAUAAAACUGCGGUACUCUAUCCUGAAAACAAUCCUGACUCAUUUUGACUUCCAAUAUUGUUCAUACCCCUUGCAGGAACACAUCACACAUCAUCUGAGUCCUGCUGAUAAAGAGUGCAAACUUCAGGAGAAACAAAGGCUUGUUUUGUAUUUUAUUUCCUCAUGAUUGUGUAAAUGGAUGAUGGAACCAGAUUGCUGGUUAACUGGGAACUUAGAUCUAGUGGCAGUAUCAGGAAAGAUUUGUACUCAUUAAUGUGAAGUUUGCGUUCACAAACAGAAUCAUUCUAGCCGCUGUGUGGUAAGUGGUUUGUUCAAACAGCCCCUUGUACACUCACUUUCUCCCCGAGAGACUGACCUAAUGGGGAAAUGAGUCGUAAUGGAAGGGCUAUUUCUGUUUUAUCACCAGAGAUAAAUUCCCCAUCUCAUUCUUAAAUGGGUCAAACACAACUCCACAUCACAACAACAGUGACCACACAGCUGCUGUUGGGAAGAAAUGGAUGCGUGUCUCUACCCCUCCCCAGUCCUUCUACAGCUAUGAGACAGGUUGCUCACCUUCACUGCAGCUGAAUGUUAAUAGCCUCUCUGUACCUGUGUGGCUUGUGUACACAUCAGAUGCCCUCAGAUGUCAGCAACUUCAGUUUCUCACACAUCUGAGUAUCUCACAGACCUUCACCUCUUCGAAAACAACAGAACCACAUCUGCUCAGCCAGCUUCAGAGUCUGUCCGUCACGCUCGUGUAGCGCAGUGCACUAAAACCGCCUCGCCUUGAAACGCACGAAAUGAGAAAAUAUUCC